CUGGCCCCUCCUCCCCGCCCUCCGGGUUGUCAAGGCAACCCGAGCGACGCCGGCCGCGGCGGAGAGGCGUUAGGAGGGGCGGCGCCGGGGGCUCGGCCCUUGGGGGCCCGGGAGCUGCUGACCAUGGAGCCCCAGAAAAUCACACCAUCCUCAAAGCCUCAUCCACCUGUUGUGGGCAGAGUGACUCAUCACAGCAUUGAAUUAUACUGGGAUCUGGAAAAGAGAGCAAAACGGCAGGGACCUCAAGAGCAAUGGUUCAGGUUCUCGAUCGAGGAAGAAGACCCCAAAACGCACACUUACGGUAUCAUUUAUACGGGAUAUGCGACAAAGCAUGUUGUGGAGGGCCUGGAACCACGCACGCUGUACAGAUUUCGGCUGAAGGUCACCAGCCCCUCUGGAGAAUAUGAGUACAGCCCGGUGGUCUCGGUAUCUACGACCAGAGAACCCAUAAGUAAUGAGCAUUUUCAUCGAGCUGUCAGUGUGAAUGAUGAAGAUUUGCUGGUUCGAAUACUUCAAGGAGGAAACGUUAAGGUGGAUGUUCCCAAUAAGUUUGGCUUUACCGCCCUGAUGGUCGCUGCCCAGAAAGGAUAUACCAGGCUUGUGAAAAUCCUCGUUUCUAAUGGCACGGAUGUGAAUCUGAAGAACGGGAGUGGCAAGGACAGUCUGAUGCUUGCGUGCUAUGCGGGACACCUGGAUGUGGUGAAAUAUCUCCGAAGACACGGCGCUUCUUGGGAGACCAGAGACCUAGGAGGCUGUACGGCUCUGCACUGGGCCGCGGAUGGAGGCCACUGCAACGUGAUCGAGUGGAUGAUAAAAGAUGGCUGUGAGGUAGACGCUGCGGACACGGGCUCGGGAUGGACCCCGCUCAUGAGGGUGUCUGCGGUCUCAGGAAACCAGAGGGUAGCCUCUCUGCUGAUCGAAGCGGGAGCGGACGUGAACAUGAAGGAUAAAGACGGAAAGACCCCUCUAAUGGUGGCCGUGUUGAAUGAUCACGAGGAGUUAGUCCAGUUACUUCUUGACAAAGGGGCAGACGCAAGUGUAAAAAAUGAGUUCGGCAAAGGUGUCCUAGAAAUGGCCAGAGUUUUUGACAGACAGGUCGGAAUGCUCUUGAACGUGGUCUCCUUAUUAGAAGAAAGGAAAAGAAAACAAAUGGCGAAGAAGCCCUCUGUCUGCUGAGCCGGGCCCCACUUAGCCCGACAGCCCCGGGGAAACAACGUCCCACGUUUGACUAUUUGAUUUUAUUUCUUUGAUUGGUUUGAUUUUUUUUUAUUUGAUUAUUUAUUUUCGUUGAAGGUUCACCGUGACUUUUGUAACGUACAACUGUUUCCCACUUUGAAAUACAUCUUUUUACCUACGCA